GAAUUUUUUAUUAAACGUACAAAGUUAAGUCCUCUCGUUUCGUCUUUGAUUAGUGUCUCUAACUGCAUUUGGGUCUCGGUAGAUAUGGCUUCUCCUUCUUCGUUAUCACUUCACUCCACAGUAUCUUCUUCGUCGUCUUCCAACUUCAAAUCCAUAAUCAGACAGCUCUCACACACCAGAACUCAGUUUCUCGUCCUAAGUAGUCCUCAUCCUCCUUCGUCUUCUCUCAACAUCAGUUCACUCAAGCCUCUCUGCACCUACGCCGUCCCCAAUGCCAAAAGCGCUGGAGUCUCUCGUCGCUACGGCGACCCCUCUGAGCGUGAAGGCCCAAGGUAUCCGAACAAGCCCCAACCGUCAGAGAGGCGCAAGAAGAGCCAGCUCCAACGGCCAAAUGAGCCCGAUUUCAACGACAAUCAGUUGAACAAUCAAAAUGAAAGCGACCCAUUUCACGGUCGCCAGCAGAAUGUUGAUUUGAUAGCUCUUUGUCGCGAGGGUAAGAUCGUAGAGGCGUUGAAGUAUAUUGACGAAGGCGUUCCUGCUGAUUACAACGUUUUUUGUGCGCUAUUGAAUUCAUGUCGCGACUCGAAGUCUCUUAAAGUCGGCAAAAAAGUCCACGAUUUCUUGAAGCGGUUUGCGUUUCGUGGUGAUAUCGAAUUAAGCAAUAAGUUGAUUGAAAUGUAUGGGGAAUGUGGGAGUAUGAAAGAUGCACGCAAGGUGUUUGAUAGAAUGACUGAGCGAAGUGUGAGCUCGUGGAAUUUGAUGAUUAAUGGGUUCGCAGCAAAUGGACAAGGUAAUGAUGGGAUUUUAUUGUUUGAAGAAAUGAAGAAGGUAAGAUUGAACCCAGAUAAGGAAACCUUUCUUGCAGUUUUGGGUGCGUGUGCCAGUGCUGAAGCUGUGGAAGAAGGGUUUCUAUACUUUCAAGAAAUGAAGAACGAAUAUGGAACUAUGCCGGAAAUUGAGCAUUAUAUGGGGGUUAUUGAUGUUCUCGGGAAGUCAGGCCAUUUGAAUGAAGCAGAGGAGUUCAUUGAGAAAAUGCCAUUUGAGCCUACAUUUGAAGUUUGGGAGGCCCUUAGGAAUUUUGCUCGAAUCCAUGGGGAUCUCGAACUUGAAGACCGUGUUGAAGAGUUAUUGGUUACUUUUGAUCCCUCUAAGGUCAAUGCGGAUAAAAUCCCAUUGCCUCAGAGGAAGAGGUCUUCAGCAGCUAACAUGCUAGAGGAGAAGAACAGGGUCGGUGAGUUUCGCUGUUCAAAUCCUUACAAGGAAGAGGCAUACCAGAAAAUGAAAGGUCUAAAUGGGCAGAUGAGGGAAGCAGGGUAUGUCCCUGACACAAGAUAUGUGCUUCAUGACAUUGAUGAGGAAGCAAAAGAGCAAGCCCUGCAGUAUCAUAGUGAGCGCUUGGCCAUUGCUUACGGUCUGAUCAGUACUCCCCCAAGGACAACUCUUAGAAUUAUGAAGAAUCUCCGGAUCUGUGGUGACUGCCACAAUGCAAUAAAAAUCAUGUCCAAAAUUGUUGGAAGGGAACUGAUAGUACGGGAUAACAAGCGAUUCCAUCAUUUCAAGGAUGGAAAAUGCUCCUGUGGGGAUUACUGGUGAAGACAUUAACACUGUUGAUAGAUUUUUCCACUAGUAAACUUACUGUUGUAGCAAGAAAAAGCAUUCACAAGUUUUGGCUUGAAACUCAGCAGCGGUGCAAGUUAAUAGGAUGUUUGGUUGUAAAUCAUUCUUGUACUUAUAUAUUCACCAUUUAAUACAGCAAGUUAUUUAAGUGCA